AUGGCUUUCACUAAAAGAACAAUAAUGCUUCUGUGCUUUAUUAUGGCUGCUUCCAUGGGACUGUCCACGGCUGCUGUAUAUGAUGUUGGUGAUUCUAAAGGUUGGAUAGUAGGCAACGUUGAUUAUAAUGAUUGGGCUUCUUCAAAGAAUUUUCAAGUUAAUGACAUCUUGAGUUUUAAUUACAACAACAAAUACCACAACGUGAUGCAAGUGAGUAGCCAAGAAUAUUAUACAUGCACAGUUACAAAUCCAAUAGCCACUUUAAAUACAGGCAAAGACUCUUUUACACUUUCAGCCCCUGGCGAUUACUAUUACCUCUGCGCAAUUCCUGGCCAUUGCCAAAUUGGCCAAAAAGUUCAUAUAAAAGUUGAUGGUUCUCAGGCAAAGAGUGUCCAAGGAAAUGCUUAUCUAUCUGAAGCCAGUGUUGUUUCAUCCCUUUCUUUCUUGUGGUUUUCCGUCAUGGGCAUGCUUGGAAUCUGCUUUUUUUAG